AUGACGCUCGUAGAGUUGUCGAUGUUUUUCAAGAGAAAUGCGAUCUCCCUCUUCUCUAUCUCCAUUCGCUCGUUUCACUUUCGUAGUUCGCAUGCUACUUCAAGCAAGACUCCUAAUUCAUCAGCAAGCUACACGCACGGCGAAUCUGGACCCGACGGUGGUUUCAGGAGGCUCCAUGAUGCCGUUUCCUGCUUCGACGCAAUCGUCAAGAUGCAAGCUUUGCCUCCCGUGAAGGAAUUCAGCCGGGUGUUGUCCAUCGUGGUUUGGAUGAGGCAUUACUCUGCCGCCGUCGCUUUGAUCAAGGAGAUGCAUUCUCGCGGGGUGGGCUUGAAUGUCUACAUCUGGGGGAUCCUGAUGAACUGCCUCUGCCGCUUGAGGAGGGUGGAGCUGUGUUUUGCUAUUCUAGGCAGAGUCUUGAAGCUCGAUUUCAAGGCCAACUUGGUGAUGUUGAACACGCUAUAUAAUACCGAGGAAAUAAGAUGCAAACUGUAA